CCGUGCGGAGACAAGAUGGCGGCGCCCGUGGACCUGGAGCUGAAGAAGGCCUUCACCGAGCUGCAGGCCAAGGUGAUAGACACGCAGCAGAAGGUGAAGCUGGCCGACAUCCAGAUCGAGCAGCUGAGCAAGACGAAGAAGCACGCCCACCUCACCGACACGGAGGUCAUGAUGCUGGUGGACGAGACCCGCAUGUACGAGGGUGUGGGGAGGAUGUUUAUUCUUCAGUCUAAAGGAGUGAUUCAUAAUCAGCUCUUAGAAAAACAGAGAAUAGCCGAAGAGAAAAUUAAGGAAUUAGAGCAGAAGAAGUCGUACCUGGAGCGGAGCGUGAAGGAAGCAGAAGAUAACAUCCGGGAAAUGCUGAUGGCCCGAAGGGCGCAGUAGCUGCGUGGUUCCCGCCGGGCCUCCCGCAACACCCUCUGGGUGGUUUUGGGCAGCUCUGCCUGUGUGCUGCUCACCGCCGCCCAGCUGCACGAGCUCCGUUCUGUGGCAGUUUCAAUAAAACCCUGCUGCGAAGCCUGAGCUCA